GCAUCGUCUCCCCGUCUCGCGCGGCGCACAAACGCGCACGCCACUGGCCAUUGACGCUUCGCUCGUAACCUUCCAGCUUCGCUCGUUUUCUCGAAGCUUCCGUCGCCAUGGUGGACCAGCUCAGCGAAGAGCAGAUUGCGGAGUUCAAGGAGGCCUUCAGCCUCUUCGACAAGGACGACAACGGAUAUAUCAGCACCAAGGAGCUCGGGACCGUGAUGCGCUCCCUUGGCCAGAACCCCACUGAGGCCGAGCUGCAGGACAUGAUCAACGAGGUGGACGCCGACGGCAACGACACCAUCGACCUCCAGGAGUUCCUGAACCUGAUGGCCCGGAAGAUGAAGGACACCGACUCGGAGGAGGAGCUCAAGGAGGCGUUCCGCGUGUUCGACAAGGACCAGAACGGGUUCAUCUCCGCGGCCGAGCUCCGCCACGUGAUGAGCAACCUCGGGGAGAAGCUGACGGACGAGGAGGUGGACGAGAUGGUCCGCGAGGCAGACGUGGACGGCGACGGACGGAUCAACUACGAGGAGUUCGUCAAGGUCAUGAUGGCCAAACGGAGGAACACGAGGACAGAGGAGAAGCCGGCGCGCGGCAAGAAGAAGGCGGGGUCGUCCGUGGACGCAGGCAAGCGUCCCCAUAAAUGCGCGAUCCUGUAAGCUGCAAUCGCCCGGUGAUUCGCUGGUGGUGGAUCGAGGCGUGCGUACGUCGGUGUAGCUGUGCCAGACGCGGGAGCCUCCUACAGGUCUGUUGAUGUAACUGUAACGUAUCAUCAGAUGAUACGCGCUCUGUAAAACUACUGGAGAGGAAUAACACUGCAACUUCUGCGUUGCAUUGCGUC